GCGAGAGAGUCGGUGACGGUCGGUGCGCGCGCGUGGGCCUGCGUCGUUUCGAGCGGAAAUCGCGGCGGUCGUGGGAGGCCGCGCGGAGUGAGUCGCCGGGGCUCGCCGCGGGUGGAAGCGCGAGUGACGGAGCAGUGACGAGCGUGCGUGGAACACGAUGAGUCGACGUGACAGACGAUUGUGCGCGCGGUACAAAUAAGGCGACGGGCAUCUCCUACGCGGGGAGGGACAAAAAAAACUCCGCGAGUUCUUCUCUCGCGCGUCGUUGGCGCCCGCCGCCCCUCGAGGCCCCGGUGCCUCCCCCGUCGUCGCGCGUACGCCGCGUUGUUAAUUCGCGAUCACCCCCGAAAUACGCCCGGCCCGUGGUCAAGGGUGAUCGAGAUCCCAUCCCCUCCCCGCCUCCCCCCCGAGACUCCAGGAUGUAUCGCAAGCUGAAGUUCGAGGUUGAGUACCUGACGGAGGAGCACCUCACGGGGUUCGAGAGCUACAAGUAUAGCUCCUUGGACACAAGUCCCCUGAGCGUGUACGUCAUGCACCCCUUUUGGAACAAGGUGGUACAGUAUUGUCCGAAGUGGAUUGCUCCAAACGUACUAACUUUCUCGGGAUUCCUUUUUACCGUGCUAAACUUCAUGCUAUUUGCGAUUUACGACUACUACUUCUAUGCGUCCAGCGACGACAAGCCGGAAUAUCCUCCGAUACCACGAUGGGUCUUUGCCGUGGCCGCUUUUAACAUUUUUAUGGCAUACACGCUUGACGGGAUAGACGGGAAGCAGGCAAGGCGCACACAAACGUCCGGUCCCCUGGGAGAGCUGUUCGACCACGGCUUGGACAGUUGGACCGCCAUGUUGAUCACGGUGUGCAUGUACUCCGUCUUCGGCAGGACAGACCACAGCGUCUCGCCGUUGCGAAUGUACUUCAUACUGUGGAACGUAUUUAUUAACUUCUACCUGAGCCACUGGGAGAAAUACAACACGGGCGUGCUGUUUCUCCCCUGGGGAUACGACGCUUCCAUGCUAGCAACUGUCAUUGUAUUUACGCUUACCAGCAUAGGUGGACACGAGGCUUGGAAAUUUGAAUUGCCAGGUGGUUUAUCAGCGGGGACGAUGUUUGAAAUGUUGUUUUACGUUAGCGCGCUUGUAUCAAAUCUACCGGUUGUGCUUUGGAACAUAUACAAAUCUUAUAGGGAUAAGACCGGCAAAAUGCGGACGUUUCCAGAGGCUAUUAGGCCCUUGGUGCCUUUAAUUUUAUUCUUCGUAAUUUCUACGGUCUGGAUAAUGCACUCCCCCAGCAAUAUUUUAGAAAAGGAUCCGAGAAUAAUAUACUUUGCUAUCGGCACUAUUUUCUCCAAUAUAUGCUGUCGAUUAAUCGUAUCCCAGAUGAGUAGCACCAGGUGCGAGGUAUUGCCGUGGCUGCUAUUGCCAAUCGCGGCGGCCGCCGUUUUCUCGUUUAUCUUGCCCAGUGUAGAUUUGGAAAUUAUGUAUUUAGUCUCCGUAGUGGCCUUACUGGCACACAUUCAUUACGGCACUUGCGUGGUACGUCAAAUGUGCCGGCACUUCCGUAUUCAGACGUUCUCCAUAAAGGAUCAUUCCGAAUGACUACUUGCCGACGAUGCAUGUUAAGAACGAAGAGCCGCGUAUACGAAAGAACAGAAGACCGAUAAAAUCUGAAACACGGAAAAGCAGGCAGGGAGAAGAGAUCUGACACACACAUACACACGUACGGACUCUUUCUUUUUUUCUAAUUAGAAUUAAUCACGAGGAAUUAGCUACCAUGACAAAACACUUCUCGAGCGAGUAAGGAAUUUCUAGAGUCACGUCCUUUUACGAGAACACGCGCCGUACACGCGGAAUACGAUAGUAUUGCUGCUCGCAGAGAUUUGAGAUAGCGCCACUUUACUCCACAUAUCUAAAAGAAAAAGAAAAUAGUGCCUGCGCUUGAUCGCCCAUUUCUUUCUACAUGCAGUAACGAAAUUUUGCCCGAAAUGUGUUUGACUAUCUUACUGUGAUAUACUCAUUCGCGUCACCGCUUUAUCUCCAAGAGCAGCGGUUCGUCCAUAAAGCGUUCUCUCCACCGCGGUACUCCGCCGGGCUUACGUAUAACAUGUGUGUACAAAUACUUUUUCUUUGAAUGCUGCCGAGCUCUCGUUGAGCAGUGAAAACUAAAAAAAAUGCACCUCUUCGUUUUCGACAUGUAUCGUCCCUCGGACGCAAUUAAUCGAUGUAACUAAUAACACUAUCUAUUUAACUGUAUCUUCUUUUCCUCUUCUCGUUUUAGCGUUCUAAAAGAAAAUUGUAUAAAUUAUCGGAAAUUAUACAUGUACAUUUCUUUUUAGUUGUAGAACAUUGUAUGUGUUGUAGUACUUGCAUUUACAACAUAAUGUGUAUGUCAAGUAAGAAAGGAUCGAGUGCGUAAUUGUUUUAUGUAUCGAGUGUACAUUUGCGUUAAGAUGUGUGUACAAACAGCAAUUGUAUUGUGUACGAUUACCGCAAAAUGCAAUGUAAAACUUGGGAAGAAUGUAAUUAUGCGGCAACAUCGACAGCUAGUUUCUCUCUCCUCCGUUAACUUUUAAGUGCCCCACGUGCAGUUUUAAUCGCAUCUCUGUAGAUACGUCGAUACGAUACGUUCUCCAAGCGUAUGUAAGUUGCGUUAAGAUAUGCUUAUUAAGACGUAAAGAUGAUAUUUUAGAUGGUAAAGCUGAGGACACUAGAGAAAGAGCGCGUUUCUUUCCAACGUGGGUUUAAUAUGUUUCAAGCUUACAUGUAAACUUUGUUGGACUAUAUACAUACGUAAUAUAUAUUACAGACGUGAUACUGCGAGGCAAUCGCGAGGGAUAUCACGAAAUAAAGGAUAUUUUUACAAAG